ACUCCCCCCCUCUCUCUGUCAUUACAUAAAUAAAAAAAUACACUUGGACGUAUCCCCAAAAGCACAACCCAACCCCCUUGUAUUACACACAUAAUUCUGUGUGUCUCUACACAUCCCCAACGCCGAUGACCACUUCCUCCGCUUCUUCUCGCAAGCAGGCUUUGAGUAAGAUCGCGUGCCAUCGGUUGCAAAAGGAGCUGGUGGAAUGGCAUGAUCCACCCGCUGGAUUCAAACAUAUCGUCUCUGAUAAUCUCCAAAGAUGGGAUAUUGAAUUUACGGGUGCGGCGGGGACUUUGUAUGCGAAUGAAACGUACAAGCUUCAAAUUGAUUUUCCGGAGCACUACCCUAUGGAGGCACCACAGGUUAUCUUUGUUCCUCCAGCGCCUCUCCACCCUCACAUAUAUAGCAAUGGUCAUAUCUGUUUAGAUAUAUUGUAUGAUUCCUGGUCCCCGGCUAUGACUGUAAGUUCCAUCUGCAUCAGCAUUCUCUCCAUGUUAUCGAGCUCCCCAGUGAAGCAACGGCCAGCGGACAAUGAUCGUUAUGUAAAGAAUUGCAGGAAUGGUAGAUCUCCCAAGGAGACAAGAUGGUGGUUCCAUGAUGACAAAGUAUGAUAGUGAAAUGAGUGAUAUUGAAUUGAGGCUCGAAGACCUCUUUUAAGUUAUAAUGUUGCUCACCGUCCUAUCAAAAGGAUAGGCAAGGAAUGAGAAUGGUUUAUAUUGCAGACUCCCUAACUAAAUUUGCUUUUUUAGUCAACAAUGAGUGCUUUUGCGAAUUAGGAGCCUUCCUAGGGGCGCUCUUUGUUACCCUGGUAAAGAGCUGCAAAACUUCGUAGGUGCACCUUAAAUCCUUUAUCAUCUCUUGUACUUUUUAUUUCUGUGUUUCAUCUUGUUAAAUCUUGAAAUGGAUGUCUCCAUUAUAUUUGGUGAACUAUUUGAACUUAGACCAUCAGCUUCGAGUUUGAGCCAAAAUGUUUCUUAGAA